AGUUCAUCCGUGAUGGAUGCAACCUCGGCUUACGGUGUCGUAGAUAACGUCGAUGUCGGCAUCACCGAACUGCUCCGUCCUGCUGGUGUUGGUGGGAUCGGCGGCGUCAUAAAGGUGCGCCCGGAAGACUUCUGUGUUAACGAGAUUCGACUAUCCGAUGGCACCGUUGUCGAGAUGCCUCCUGACGUGGACUUCACCGAUGCGGGAUCGACAUGCGCUUCUACACCUUCGCCAGAUGAGAGCUCAGCAGGUGACGGCCUGAGUUCAGAAGAUUCUCGAUGGGGCAGCAAGUUUAUAUUGGCCAAGACACGGACCGAUACGUUGGAGGCCGUUCAUCUGCUUUCAAAUGCUGUUACGUCCUAUAUAGGGGUAGCGGCGGGACGAGGAGCGGUGAGGGAUUUCGGUUUUGCUGGUAUCAAGGACAGUUGGGCGGUCACGGUCCAGGAGGUGACAGUGAAGGGAGUGGCCACUGAGGAGCUGGAAGGAGCCGUGGCGCGCUUUUUGCCAUCCUCGGUUCAAAUUAGGGACUGCCGCCCUUGUGAUCGCGAGGAUAAGCUCAGACCAGGAAUGCUCGGGGGCAACCGGUUCCGAAUCCGAAUUCGCGAGGUCCAUCCAACAGUGUCGCAGCAGCAGCUAGACGAUACACUCGGCCAUGUGCGGGACCACGGCUUCAUCAAUUAUGUCGGCAUGCAGAGGUUCGGUAAGGGCGGCGUUGCCUCCCCUGAUGUCGGCCUGGCCUACAUCAAGAGGGACUACUCGGGUGCCAUCGAUCGCCUCAUGUCCGAUCCAGCUGCCGAUAAACCGGUUUCUGUUAAGGGUGGCCAUACUACUAAGCAUAACAGCAGUAGCUGGCAGAGUGUGUGGAGAAAGACUUACUGUGCAAGUGCAGUUCUCGCAGCGAUGGAUCGCCAGCUCGGGAAGAGCUCGGGGGCGGCCUAUGCACAGAGGCGCGUUAUGGAGCAUAUGACGGUGGCACAGUCCCAAUUGAAUAUGGAUUGGAAAGCCAGUUGCCGCUACGCUUUCUUAUCCAUACCCAAGUACCUCAGGAUGCUCUAUGCUCAUGCGUACUUUGACAGAGUGUGGAACCUCGGGGCUAGUGCCUGGGUCAACGAGUCCCAAUGUCGAGAUAGUGGUAGAGAGAAGCCCCUCCCGGGCGACCUCAUCCGCAUUGGAUCCAAGAUGGAUGGCUACGUCAAAUAUUACGAUGAAGAGGAAGAUACUGAUGCUACUGUUUAUGAUGUGGUGCUCCCAAGGCCCGGUCGUGACGCUCUUUUCCCUGAUAAUUUCGUUGGAACGGUGAUGCGACAAUACUAUGCCUUUGAUGGUGUGGAUGUGGAAGAUGUGACGGUUGAACAGAACCAAGCUGGAGAGGUGUGGGAUAUUCUAGGAGAUUACCGGAAUGUUUUAUCGCGAGCCGCUGGGUUGAAGUGGCAACUAGUCGAGGAGGCUGAUGUCACCGGAACCAUCCAGCGGCACUGCAACACCGAAUUCAGCCUUGCCCCAGGGCAAUACGCCACAAUGUUUCUGAGAGAAGUGAUGGAGUUGAAGGAAGGCGGCCGAGGCUGCAAGAAGCGUCGAAUUAUCUUUGACGAUUCUGAUGACGAUUGA